AAAAAAAGGGAAUAAGAAAAACAAAACAAAAAGUGAACUGUCAAGAAACACUUCUAGUCAAAUGUCCAUGAGAAGAUAAAAGUCUAAGACAUGAUCAAGCUUCCUAUUAAAUCUCGGAAAAGUGUCGGGAAAGAACCCUUCUACCAAACAGAGUCAAAUGGAGACUGGAACAAGAACUAUUAUCCUCAUGGACUUUAAGUCAUCAGUAGCUGCAAAAACUAUUCACCAAUCAUUUGGGCUUCCAUGAAUGCUGUAAUUGGAGGCUAGAAAGGUUGUUGCAGCUCCAAAGAAAUAGGAAACCCUUUUAAUUUAAAUACAAUCUCUAACUCAACAAAACCUCAAGUUCCUAUUUAAUUCUGCAAUUGCAGUUUCAGGCUCCAUCCUCUAAAAUUCUAGCCAGUUGUGGUCGAAAGUCGGUCCAACGAUGAUUCAAGGCCUUGUGUGAACUUACUUAUAGCUUUUGGCAAGUCAAUAUAUCCAUACUAGCCAUAAACAAUGACUCUGAAAGAUAGGGAGACAUGGGCUUUCUGUGGAAUAGUGCUCUGUUCUUCACCUACUCAGUUCUUCUCAGGUCUUUCUGGGGUUCUGUAAUCUGGGAUUUUCAUCUACAAGCUAAAAUCAGAAGGCCAAAUCCGGGUCCAUGCAUACAAUUUGAAAACGAAUUUGCAUAUAAAAACUGCUGCUCAACAAAGACAGCCCAACCUAGGAAUUAACUACAAAAGCAGACAUAUGGACCCAUUAUACGUAUAAAAACUGUUCAUUCGACUUGAGAAUGCCCAUAGCAUAUAAAAACUGCAGCUCAACAAAGACAGCCCAGCCUAGGAAUAAACUACCAAAACAAACAGAGGACCCACUAUACCCAUAAAAAAAAUGGUUAGACAUAUAAUAUAGUCACAGGGAAGACACUGAAUCUUAUGAACAACUUUGAAUCCUGCAGAUUCUAUGCCAAAUUUUUUGGCUUAGGAAUCUGGAAGAAUUCUGAUAGGUUUUGACAACACCAUGUGUGCUCAUCUCCCCAUGAAUCAAUUGGGUCUGGUCAUCAGAGUUCUUCUCUUGUUUCACCGUGUCAAAGCCCAGGACACUUCUGAUUCUGAUCACUCUGGUCCACAUUUCCUGCAGCCCCACCUAAUGGUUGUUGUUGGGGUCCUCUCAAUAAUGUUCUGUCUAACAUUUCUCUUACUUGCUUAUGCAAAAUUCUGUCAUGUAGCCGUGCCUGAUUUCUCAGACUUUGAUAACCAUCAACAAAACCUUCAUGGGCUUGAUAGAGAAAGGCUGAGAUCCUCUGGGAUAGAUAAAAGAGUGAUGGAGUCGCUCCCCUUUUUCAGGUUUUCUUCACUCAAGGGAUCAAAAGAAGGCCUAGAGUGUGCAGUUUGCUUAUCAAAGUUUGAAGAAAUUGAAGUUCUUCGGUUGUUGCCGAAUUGCAGGCAUGCAUUCCACAUAAACUGCAUUGAUCAAUGGCUAGAAAGCCACUCUAGCUGUCCUCUUUGCAGGUACAAGUUUGAUGCCCAGGACCUUACAAAUUUUUCCUAUUCAAACAGCUUGAGAUUCCCACAAAACCCUUUGAAUCUAGCUGAGGACUCAACUAUCAACCUUUUUGUCCAGAGGGAGCAAGAUGAUCAAGGGUCAUCAAGGUUUAGUAUUGGAAGCAGCUUCCAAAAAGCCAUGAAUAAGGGCAAAAAGGAAGAAUUUCUCAUUCAAGAAGGUGAAAGUAGUAAUGGUGAUUAUCACAAACUCUGGCAUAAGGUCAAUCACAAGAUCAUCUUCUCCAAUAUGAUUUUUAAGAAUCGAUGGAGUGAUGCAAAUUCUUCAGACUUUAUGUUCCUGAAUUCUGAGAUGAAUGAAACCUCUCCAAACAACAGGUUCCCUUCUUUGGAGUCUAAUAAUAAUGGUUUUUCCAUGAAUAAACAGGUUGUUAUAAAGAUGCAGGAGGGUGUAGACAAGAAAAUAGUGCAUGAAUCCAACUUCACUAGGAUUAGCAGAAGUAAUUCAGUUUGUAAUUCCACCCAUGAAGCAAGCACGUCAAGACUAUUGAAUCCUGAUCUGAAGAGAUCCAUGUCUGAGCUCACAAACCUUUCAAGGUUCACAGAAUUGAAUACAAAGGACAGAGUCAAAGAACUUUCCUUUGGAAGAAAUAAUGCAGAAGAAGAGAGGACAAGGAAGCUUUGGUUGACUAGAACUCAUCGGACAGUUCAAUGGUUUGCCGGUCGCGAAGAAAUUCCCAAGAACCAGAGUGCGAAAAAGUACCCAUUCAACAUCUAAACCAGUUGGUAUGUGUUAAAUUUUCCAUAGAAUUGGCAAAUACCAUAUAGUAUCAAAUUAAAUUAUUCAUUCAUAUCAUCACUAGACCUUAUUUGUAAGAUAAUUAAUAGUUAAGACUUCUUCAUAAUCAUGGAAUCAACAAAAACCCUGUCCAAUGCUGGCUCUGUGAACUGGCCUGACAAAUUUCUAAUAAUCUCCUAACUGGGGAACUCUUAGGAAUAAAUCAAGUUUAGAUGAUGCUUGUGUUCAUAAAUUAUAUACCAUUACUUCA